AAAUAGUAAAUAAAUAUUCCAGGGUGGGAAUCACCAUCAUUUCUAAAAACAAAUAAAAAUCAGUAUGUUUGUCAAAAGUAAUAAAAUAACAAGAGAAUUGUAAAAAUAUUAAAUGUUAAAUUAAGCAAUAGUUGAAUAAAAUUAAAUAUACCUGCUGACUCGCCAGAUCGAUUCAAGGAAACAGUAAAUUGUUGUCCACAUUAUCAUUUUAUUAUUUUUCUAUUUCAUGAAAAAAUGGACAUUAAUCGGAGUAAUUCUCCGAUUCAACAAAAUGAGUCAGCUUUUCCAUAUUAUUAAUGAUGUUCGAUGUACCACAAGGGAAGUGCUUCCUGGUGUAUAUAUUUGGAAGAGAUUCCCGAAUAAGAAGAGCACCAGGAAGACGAAAAUUCAUUUGUAUACUCAGCUGUCACAACAAUGGGAGCGGCCAUUUUGGAUAGAGAGCGCUACGAUGCGCCGUGGCACGGUAGCGUUCUACUUUACCCUCCGGAUUCAUGAAAAAUAUCGACUCGUGAUAAAUUGAUUAUCGAUAAAGAAAGUUCUAAUUAAUUACUUUCACCGGGACUCACCUCUAAAAAGAAAGCGCACAAAGAGACGCCGACUAGCGUGACAGGUCGGCCAUUUUUAGUCAUUCUCAUUCUGGAAGUGUAGUAGGCGACAAGCCAGUUUUUCUUUUUUUUGUAAUAAAAAUAAUAUUUUCGACAUUUAAUAAUUAUGUCAGGACGAGGUUCGCUACGGGGUAGACGUCGUAUAGACGGUAAAGCAUUACGUAUUGUGGAUUUUGAUGUGCCCAGUAUAAUUGAUCCCAGAUCAGAAGCAAUUACUCUACUUUGCGAUUACGAAUUGGAUGGAUCGGAAUUGUAUUCAGUUCAAUGGUACAAAGAUGGAAAUGAAUUCUUCAAAUUUACUCCCAGCUCAAAUUCACCAGGAUACUUCUAUGAAGGAAAUAAUAUUUUUAUUGAUUUAAAACAAAGUGAUAACAGAAAAGUUACGCUGAUCAAUAAAAAUCGAAGAGGUGGGACAAAUCUAGCAGGAACAUAUGCUUGUGAAGUUUCAGCAGAGGGUCCAAAUUUUUUGACAACUUAUGCGGAAGCAAAUAUGAGUGUUGCGGUCCCACCAAAAAGUGCACCCGCUGUCGAUGGCCUUCGACCUUACUAUGAAGUAGGUGAUAUUAUGAGAGCAGAAUGUACUUCCGCUCCCAGUCAUCCACCGGCAGUUCUGACCUUUCUUCUCAACGAAAAAGAAGUGAGCAAAAGUUCAACAGAAUAUAUUCAAAAUGAAGUUCAUGUUGUUGGUAAUUACGCUACAACAACGCAUCAAGAAUUUACGUUACUCUUAGAAAGGCAUCAUUUUCCAGGAGGAAGUUUAACAUUAACUUGUGAGGCUUCCUUUGCAGGAAUGCCACAUCUCAAAACUCUGCGGACUAAAAAAGUAGUUACAUUAAUAUCAAAUAAUAAAGACUACGUUCAAGCAGAUAUACAUUUUGAUACAGUUAAAUCGACUGCAUCAUUUAUUCAUUAUCAUAUGUAUGUGAUUUGUUUCUUUAUUUUUUUAACAAAUAAAAUUUUUCAAGUUAUUUAAAAUUCAAUAAAAGAUUUAUUAUUUUUCAUUAUAAAAAUUGAAAUUUUCUUUUCGAAUUUUCUCAUUACAUAAUAUAACAGUUACUAUUAUCAAGAUUCACGGUAGAGAAUCGACGCCCAAAUAAAAAAAAAAAAUCUGCAAAUAUAUUUUCUCAAAAAAUAUUGGCAUUUUUCGACCAAAAUUGGAUAUCAUGAAAAGUUCUUUACCGGUUUCGUUUAAACCCUUUUUGCCGGGUAAAGAAUGUAAAAAAAAUUAUGUGGUAAAAAUGGAAGAAUUCUCAAAGAAUUAUAAAAAUUAGACUUAAAAAACUGAAAAAAUGAUGAUUUUUAGCCACGCCUGAAGCCUAUAGGGGAGACCGGGGCUGAAAGUGCCGGCCCGGGGUAAGUUGUGCCAAUAAGGUCAGUUAUAUAUGUGUUAAUUGUAAUUUCAAUAAAUCGCAUUCGGAAUAAGUAUUCAUGUCUCAAAAAUUAUUUAUUAAUCAGAAAGUAGAGUUUUUACAAUUAAUUAACGAUACAAAUAAUUGUUUCAAAAAAUAUUUUAAAAGACUGACUAAUUAUGUAAUUGUAAAAUUUAAGUCAGAAAUGUUUAUUUAUUUACAAAAAUCUAUAAAUGUUACGAUUGUUGGAAAAAUCCUUUGAAUGCUUAUAAUAAAAAUACUUAUUACGAGAACUAUGUUUUAAGUGACUGACUAACUAUGCAAUUAUAGAAUAUAACUCAGAAAAUGUUUAUUUGUACUUACUAAAAUCUAGAAAUCUUAAGAUUGUUCCUAAAAACAUUUCAAAGUUUAUAACAAAUGAUUAGUAAAUAAUAGUAAAUCAUAUAUUGGCAAUAAUUAUUUUAUUUGUUACGUGUAAAAUCAUUUGCUUCAACUGAAACAACUAAAAAAUCUGAGCGGCACAACUCUCCCCAGCGCGGAGUUCAACGUGCCGUGUUGCCUCGCUGCACAAAAUCAUUUUUUACAAAAGAACUGUUUAAAAUUAUCAAUAAAAAAUAAUGGAUUUAAAAACUAUAUAUUUAAUUUUAAAAUAGAUAGACUAUAGAUUAAAACAAAAAGUUCUCAAUUUACUAGCAUUUUAUUUAGUUUUCUCAAAAUCGGCACUUUCAGCCCCGGUCUCCCCUAGUGUUUUUUGUAACUUUUUCCAGUAAAUUUUUAUUUUCUUUGAUACUAUUAUGUUGGUUAUUUUUAAGUUAUUAAGUUAAAAUUAUUUUUUAAUUUUUUGUUUUCUUUAUUAACUUAUAUUAAAAUGUUAUACGCGGGACCUGAUCCGACUGUUUAAAUCUGAAAUUCAUAAAAAUAUAGAUCUGAUAGAGGCACGAUUAGAUCCUCUAGAUACUUCUUUCUUAGCUGAUUCAUCACUGAAUCAUGACAUUAAAUAAUACUUACAAAAAGUUUUGAAAACCCAACAAAAACAUUUUCAAUGCAGAAAGUUACGCCAAGCUAAAAUUAUCUUAACCAUCGAAAAAAUUUGUGAAAUGGAAGUUAGACAAGUAAAUUUUAGGAUUAUGUUAAGGUUUAAUUAAUUUUUUUAAUAUAAAUAAUUAAAUUUAAAAAUGGGAAAUUAUAUAAAUUAUAAUUUUAAAAUAUGCGUGCAAUGUAGAAAAAAAGAAUAGUUUUGGUCUAAAUAUAAAAUACAGUUAAUAAUUAUCAAAAUAAUGAAUUGAAAUCAAUUUUUUGAUUAAGAAAAAUUUCUAUAGUAGGCGCUGUUAUGAAAACUUGGUGUGAAUUAUUAUUUUUAAGUAUUUAAUAAUAAUUUUUAUUUUUUAAUAUUUAUAUCCUUCAUUAAUUUUUCAUUAAUCCACUUACAGUAGUAUAGGUAAAAAAAUAAUUAUCAAAAGUGAUAUACUUUGGCAGAGAAUAAUACGUUGUAUAUUUAUCAAUGCAAAAAAUUAAAAAUCCUCAUGACCAGGUACAAAUGAAAAUUUUUAAUCAAGUUCUUGUAAUUCCUGGAAGUUUAAUAUAUUUUUCCGGAGGCUCACGUCGAUUUGAUCUUAUUACGUCUGCUCUUAUAGAAUCUGGUAUCAAUGACAAAUGGAAUGCUGAAUACUUAACUAAAAUUUCUUUACAACAUAGUCAAGCUGAUUAUUAUUAUUUAAUGAACCUCAUGAAAUUGUUAGUGUAAGCUAUAGAGUUUGAUAGAAAAAAAGAAUAGACGAAACGGUCCAACAUUUAAUAAUGACAUACCAAUGUAUUGGAAUUGUAAACAAAAAAAGUCAUUUGCCACAGAAAUGAUUUUUUUUCGUAAGUUAGUGUUUUGAACUAAUGUUCUUAUAUACGAAUUUUGAAUAGGAUUUUGUAUUCAUAAAUUGUAAAUAAAUAGAAAUGUAACUUUUUUUAAAAUGAAAA